AUGGCGGGCACCAAAAGCGAGCAAGAUGACGGCUACUUUUUCUCUCGAAAUUUUCUGUCUUCCGCGCGACUCACGGCGCAGCACUUCCUCUGGAUUCCCAAGAACGGGUUCCUGCUGCACCCAGCGGUGGAACAGAGGCUUUCUCAAGUGGCCACACCAGAAGUUGUGGAUGUUGCAACGGGCAAUGGGAUCGUGGCUCUCACUCUUGCCCACGACCAUCCCAACAGCAAGGUCGUCGCCCUCGAUAUCUCGGACGAGCAAUAUCCACACGCCUGGACCCGCCCAGCAAAUAUUGAGUUCGGCUCGUGGAACUUCCUCGACCCAGUUCCCGAACAGUUCUGGGAGAGAUUCGAUGUCGUUCACAUCCGAGCAGUUUGCUCCUCGCUGUUCGGCAGGGACAAAGCUGAGAUUCUUGAAAAGCUGAUCAAGAUGUUGAAGCCCGGAGGAUACCUCCAAUGGCACGAAUGCUGUUCGAACAUGAUCGGAGUUUUGGACGAGCACUCGUCUUUAAACCACUCGUCAGAACUGACCGACUAUUUCGAGGUGCUCGACAGAUACACCGGCGGAUUAAGCUCGGCGCGCCAAUUCGACGACCUGGACAAAGUGUUUAAGGAUAAGGGGCUGGUGGACGUGGAGAAGAGAGUGUCGAAGGUCGUCCCUCAUCUGCUCAAGCACGAGACGGAUCUGAUCUUGAUGUCAAACCACGAAGUCAUGGGGACUUUGCGACGGCGCAACGAACAUGCGCCAGAGGUGAUGCGGGAGCUGGAAGAGGCUCAGGCGAAGAUGUCGGCCGAAGUGGCCAGCGGGAAAUGCUUUAUUUACCUGAUGGCGGUCUUCGUGGGGCGCAAAACGGGUGGUGAUUGA